UGUGUCAUUGAUUACAUUUGUGUUUAUGAUCCUCCCUAUACCCUGCAGGCGGUGGUGAAAGCAGCCCGACUGGCAGUGCAGUACCAGAGAAAGUUCCGCCGAGAUGUGUUUGUCGAUUUGGUGUGCUGGCGGAGGUGGGGCCACAAUGAGCUCGACAAUCCUCGCUUCACCAACCCUUCCAUGUAUCGCACCAUCGACGCGCGCAAGAGUGUGCCAGAUUCAUAUAUCGACACCUUGGUGGCAGAAGGCCUCAUGACACGGGAAGACGUCAUGAAGAUCGUCUCGGAGAGGAUGAGCUUUCUGGCAGAGCAGCAUAAGAAAGUGGACACCUAUGUCCCGAAGGCAGCUCAUCUCGAGAGGCAGUGGUCAGGCUUGGUGCAGGCCCCAAGUUCCGUUGAAGUGUGGGACACGGGCGUGAUAUAGCGAGCCUGAAGUACCUAGGAGCCAAGUCCGUCAGCCUGCCUGAAGAUUUU